UUUAGCAUGUUUAGGGGCUCCUAAUACACUCCCCAUACACCCCAUUCGAACCCCCAAAGAGAUAAGAGAGCAAGGGAAUCCACACAACCCAAGAGAGGAGGAAGGAGGAGAGCAGUCCGCAGGUUCGUUCUUCAGGGCGUAGCUCUGAUUGUUUGAGCCAUAACUUGAGAUUUACUCAUCCAAAUAAGGCGUGCGAGAUACCAACAGAAAGCUCUCAAGACGAGGAAUCCGUGAAGGUCUGGUUUGCAUCAAUCGGAGUAGUGGAAGGCUUCCAAAUCGACCGAGCAAAACACGACCUCGCAGAAUACGUCUUUGUAUUCAAAGUUAGGGAACGAAUUCGUCGGGAAACACCCGUUCUAGGGACUGUUUUUGCAUUUUCGGUUAGGAGUUGAACUAGCACUUUGAGGGGGCUGUUUAACACUCAAUUCCAAGCAAGGAAUCAGUUCUCAAACCUUCUUGGCCGAGGCUUUGGUCGUUGGAGCGAGAAGGAAGGUUUUAAAGCACAUUUGAGAUGUCUGGAGGAAGACGUGACGAUCCCAUUUUUGAGGAGCCACCACUAGGACGGGAAGACCCGCCACCUCGGCCUGAUAUCCCAUUUGCUACUAUUGCUGAUCGCAGACGCUUCCAGACAUGGGGGCAAUACCGCACACUCCUUCCUCCCAUGAUUCUGGACCAGACGAUGCUUAGUUUUGCUUCUUCCUUGACAUUUUUUUAUUGUGUUUGUUUGUUUCUUCAGGUUGGACAUUGCGCUGCUCUUUUGACUUGAAUGCUCUUACAAACUGACUAUGGAUGAUGUAAGGAUUUUAAAAAAACCAUUUUAUUCCUGUUUCAUUAUUCCUCUUCACAAAAUCUUUUCAAAACUCAAGUGUGAGGAAAGAACCAAAAAAAAAAAAAAAAAAAAAUGUGUCUUUAUUUCAAGGUUUUGUGCCUUAAAAGAAGACCUCGAGGGCGAGGUCUAGCUCAAGUGUGAGGAGGUUGCGUUUUACACUCAAAAAAAAAAAAAAAAAAAAGUUAAAACCUUGCUUUAGAACAAUCUUUUUACUAUUUUUGAUAUGAAACAUUAAUUUCUCAAUUUGUUAUCAAUCACAUAAUAGUUUAGGUAAUCACCCUUAUUAUAAGAAUUUACUUUUAUUAUUAUUUUUAGAAAACUUAAAUCUGUUAUGGGUUUUUGGUUGUGAAUGUAAAGGGCUGAAUUUGUUUUAAUUGGACAUUCAUUCUAUUCAAAAAAAAAAAAAAAAAAAAUGAUAGUUUAUAUUAAUAAACCUCUUCAAAACUCAUUGUUAUAGGACAAUUCCAUCUCCGAAAAGGGGCUCUGUUUCAUUCGUUAAUCACAGUCUGUGAGAAUGAAAUAUGCAUUUACCAUGGGAUAACACCGCCAACAAGAGUGAAAAAGAGCAAAAAAAAAAAAUAAAAAAAAAAUAAAAAAAAAAUAAUAAUAAAAAAAAAAAUGGUGAACAAAAUGAAUGUCCAAAUUAGAAUAAUGAAAACCUUGGGAUAAGGAAUUGAUUGGUGGUUUAACAUAAUAAAUAGUUUUUCUUAAGUAAUACUAAUUUUAAAUUCUUGUAUUUUGGGUGAUUUUUCUAAAAUGUUUAAAGAUUGAGAAUAAAAAUAAGAGGUUUUUGUUUCUACUUCUUUAAAAUAGCAACUAGAUUGUAAUACAGUUAGACUUUACCUUUUGAGUGUGUUUACAACUAAUUCGUCGCUUGAGGACAAGCAACGCUUAAGUGUGAGGAGAUUGAUAAGUCCAUUUUUGUACUUAUUUUUCUUAUCAAAUUUAAGCGAUUUUUGAAUGAAAAUAGAAAGAAAAGACACAUUUUAUAUAUUUUGGUUCAAGUUUCAUGAAAUCAGGUGAAAAUCACAUCCAUAAUAUGUUUAGCGGGAUUUCGGGUCAAUUGAGCACAAAAUGAGUCAAUUUGAGUGACAAAUGCACUUAUACCGGAAGAAGCAAGCAUUGUAUCAAGGUGAUUCAGAAGACAAAAAUGAAGAGCAGGAAAAGCCGCAUCUGCCAGACAAAAAUGGCAGAAGGCGCCCAAAUAGGCGCCCAAAAUGGAGGCCUUCGCGGCCGCCUACGGGAAAAAUCAGAAGUCAACCUCGCUUUGACCCGGGACCAGGAAAAGACCGAAGGCUACCGACACUGGACAGAAGGCGGCCGCCUACGGUGGCCGCCUACGGCAGAAGGGGACGAAACCAACCACCGGUCGGCCAGACAGGACGGCAGGCGGCCAGACAGGACGGCAGGCGGCCGCCUGCUGGACCGCCUGCGGCGGCCGGGAUCCGCCGGGAUCCGCCGGGAUCCGAUUUGACAUGAAAAGACGGCAGGCGGCCGAUGGGUGACGGAAGGCGGCCGCCCUCUGUGGCCGCCUACGGCUGACGGGGACCGGCCACCGACCGCUGUCGGCGACGAAGACGGCAGGCGGCCGGAGAGAGGCGGAAGGCGGCCGCCUGGUUGGCCGCCUACGGAAGGCGGCCAGAUUCCGACAGAAGGCGGCCGCCCUCUUGGGCGCCUUCGGUGAAAUUUCUGCUAUUAAUAGCAGGCUUUUUCCCCAUCUCAAAGACACCACUUCCAACCCCAAAUCAGUUCAAAACACCUUCUUUCUUCCUCCAUUUUCGAGCUAAAAAGGUCUUAGAGAGAGAGAAACUUCAAUUCUUCAUAUCUUCUUCAUUUUAGCUCCAAAUUGUAAGUUCUUUAUAUGUAUUUUCAUCUUCUCAACGAGUAGAAUCUGAAUCUGCACUUUGUUUGUUCAAUCUGUUCUUCGAAAACUUCCAGAUUAUUUUUCAAGUAUUUCGCAUUUACUUCCAAAAAUUAAAUAAAAUAGUUGUUGAUGUUUAAUUCAUUCCAAUUAAUUAUAUAGUUGUUCAAUAGCCUCAAGGUAGUUAAUUAUCUUAUUAAAGUUAAUUUUCACGAACCAGAAGUAAUUUUUAAUUAAUUUUGGUAAUUAUUUGAUAUUAGUUCGUAAUUUAGAUUAAAUACUAGAAAAAAGGAAAAAAAAUUAGUUCGGCCUUAAUUUCAGUUUAAUUCAUAGUAAUAUCACUCCCAGUAGCUAAAAUGAAAUUUGUAACGAAGUUAGCAUAUUUUUAGUUGCUUUUUGCAUUUUC